GGAGGAUCUGUGGCGGGGCUUGCUGGGAUCAUGGCGGAGAAUCACUGCGAGGUGCUGCCGCCGGCCCCGGGCGGCCUCGGGGCGGGGCUGGGGGCCGGCCUGUGCCGCCGCUGCAGCGCGGGGCUCGGCGCCCUGGCCCAGCGCCCCGGCGGGGUGUCCAAGUGGGUCCGGCUCAACGUCGGCGGCACCUACUUCCUCACCACCCGGCAGACGCUGUGCCGGGACCCGAAAUCCUUCCUGUACCGUCUGUGCCAGGCCGACCCCGACCUGGACUCGGACAAGGAUGAAACGGGUGCCUAUUUAAUCGACAGAGACCCCACCUACUUUGGGCCCGUGCUGAACUACCUGAGACACGGGAAACUGGUCGUCAACAAAGACCUCGCAGAGGAAGGAGUACUGGAGGAAGCGGAGUUUUACAACAUCACCUCACUAAUAAAACUUGUAAAGGACAAAAUUAGAGAACGAGACAGCAAAACAUCACAGGUGCCGGUGAAGCACGUGUACCGCGUGCUGCAGUGUCAGGAGGAGGAGCUCACGCAGAUGGUGUCCACCAUGUCCGACGGCUGGAAGUUCGAGCAGCUGGUCAGCAUCGGCUCUUCCUACAACUACGGGAGCGAAGACCAGGCCGAGUUCCUGUGCGUGGUCUCCAAGGAGCUGCACAGCUCCCCGUACGGCACGACCAGUGAGCCCAGCGAGAAAGCCAAGAUUUUGCAAGAACGGGGUUCAAGGAUGUGAGAAGCACAGUGUUGACGACUGAAGAAGCAUUUUAUCUUGUCCCAAGUUGCAACGAUCUGCCACGUGGAGGAAGCUUGGCCGUGAGAAGAAACCUGUGUUUUACAAUUUCUCUAUAGAGAUCUGGGUGUGGAUCCUUUUUUGCCUCUGAGGUGGGCGGUGAGAGACGGGACCCGCUGAGGCCGGGCGUCCCCACUUGGAGCAGACCUGCUAGCCAGGUGGGUGUCCCUACAGGGGCCCCUGUGCCGCAUUCCCCGGGCUGCCUGGGCCUGUGGCAGGAUACUUCCAGCCAACCCCUGUAAUCACCGAAGGUCAUUUAAAGGACAGCGCUCUUGGUGCUAACAUGAACAGUCUGACGGAGCCUGGGCCUUGUUGGCAGGACGUGGCUGCAGCGCCGUGGCCCCAGGCUCCAGGUGCCCGCUGGUCACCCACUCACGCACCAGGCCCUGGUCCUCGGGUCACGGAGUCCGCGCAACCUCCCUGGAGGAAUGGUUGGCGAUUUCUCGCAGCUGCGGCGUGUGGCUCCUGAGAGAGGCAACCUCUGCGUGUUCACUACUUCCCGGGCCUCGCCCCUGAGGCCUGGCCUCCUUCAGAGCCCGGCUCCCCCGGCCUGACCCCACCUGGAGCAGUCGAGGCUUCUCCACUUGUGUUUUCCAGGCAAGAGAACUUUGCAUCCCUUCUUCCCCCGUGUGGAUGGACUACCCAGAGUGCUUAGUCCUUAGAAACGCCUACGAACGCGGCUGCGUUCAGACGG